AUGCAACUGACGAGAGUUCUCCUGUUUUAUGUUAAAAGAAGGAAGAUUCCUGGAAGAUUAGAUCUGGGAAAACAUCAGCUGGUCAAGCCUGUCACAUUGGAUUUAAAGAAAAAAGCUGUCACUCAACUACUUCAUGAAAAGUUGAACCUUGCAUAUUUAGAGAACCCAUAUUUAAAUGAAGAAGAAGAGAAACAUCUAAACGAAAUAGAAUACAGACAGGAAUUGGCUCUGAUGGAGAAAGAGCGAGAUGAACAGAUAAGAAAGAAAAUGAUCAAACCCGUCACUAUUGUUGAACAUUUGGUUUACGAAACUUCACGAAGUAAUUACGGAAAAGUUGUUUCUAUGAAGGAGAAGUUGGACAUCGAGCCGAUUCCUCCGGCAAACUCGAAACUUCAGGGCGUAGUCGAGUGGCCUCUGUACAAUGGGGCCAGGUUCGAAGGGCACCAAAAGAGCAAGGGCAGUUCAUACGAUGUCGAAGUUAUCCUUCAUCAUGUAGACAUGGAGAACUCGUACCUUUGUGGCUAUCUAAAGAUCAUCGGCCUAACCGAGGACUACCCCAUCUUGACAACAUUUUUCGACGGGGAGAUCAUCAGUCGAAAGUAUCCCUUUCUAACCAGGAAGUGGGAGGCCGAUGAGGAUGUUGAUAGGAAACAUUGGAGCCAGUUCAGUCACUUUGCGAAGUACAGCCAGACUUUCAAUUCGGACGACUUUGAUUAUAACCAGCUUAAGAAUAGAAACCACGUCUUCAUGAGAUGGAAGGCGCCAGAAUGCUAUGUCUUUUAUUUACGCCUGGUUGCUAAUGACAAUGACGACGAUGAAGCUGAUGAUGAUGACGAUGAAGAAGAUGAUGACGAAGAAGAAGAUGAAGAAGAAGUUGAUGAUGGUGAAAAUGAGGUGCAUGUAUAA